AGAAAGUGGAGCUGAUAAAAUGGAUAAGGAGCGUAGAAACAUGGAGAUGGUCAUAAUGUUAUGCCUGAUCAGUGUAUGUGUUAGAACAGGGCAAGUAUAAUACUGUGCAGAGAAGAGGGUCCCUGGGACUGCACACAUUCUGUGUUUACAUCUUACGUCUUGUACACUAAAAUGUUGUAGUUUAGAAUUAGUCCUUUGCAUAUGGUUUAUUUAGAUUUGGGUUGAGGGGUUAUACAAAAUGACUUAGUGACUAUCAGAUACUAUGACAAAGACUGACUGCAUCAACUACAUCAACUGCAUGCUACUGUGAAACAGGAUAUCAAAUGUGAAACAGGAUAAAACUUCACUGUAAGUACUCAUUGUGUAGGUAGCUUUUGUGCUAAAUCUAAAGCUAAUCCAGUGGUUCCCAAAUGUAUUUCAGUUAUAUCCCCUGCCCUGCACAUAUUUAGUGUUUUUCAUGCUUAGUAUUAGAGCUGGGAAAAUGUUAAAAUGUUUUGGGUGUGGGGAACAACCUCUUGUGUAAACUAUUUAUUGCCAUUUCAUCAUCAGGACCAUCAUAUGGAGUGUCCAAAAUUAAUAAUUUGUCCUGUGUGCUUUAUUUUCUUAACAACAGGUAAUCUGGUCAUAAAACUGCAUCACAGUGAGGUUAUUGGUAACCACGUCAUUGUUAAGAUUUCUACAUGUUCCUGUUAAUUGAAUUCCUGAGCACCAAAACAGUGGCAGUGGUGCCCAAAAGCUGGUAUGCUGAUGGGGUCACCUAUUGGCCAAAUUACAAAAGUGAUAAUCGGAUAGAAAGAGCAGUGAAGAAUGCAGAGGAACCUGGAUCAGACUGGGAAAAACAUGAUGUCAGAAUUCUUAAAUCAUGCAAUCAGUAUUUAGAAGCAAGACAGCUACUAAGAAAAUCCCUGACUCAUAACACAUCAGAGCUACAGUCUGACGAGGAAGAGGAGGAGAUCAGAGGCAGGAGAAAACAUAAACCAAUUCAUUUUUUUGGAGACACGGACAAUGACAGCGAGGAGGAAGUGUUACCAAAAAAGAGAGCCAAAGGUUCACAGAAACUCCAAUCUGAGAACAACCUUUCACCUCCUGUCAUACCCCCUCCUCCAAGCAGCAGUGCUGUACCUCCUCCUCCCCUGUCUCCCCUGCCGAUGCUAUGCACUACUCCAGAGCCUCCCUGUACAUGGGUUCCAAAUAGAAGUCAUUCAGCACCAAUACCCAAGCAGCCCCCUACUGCAAGCCUGUACAGACCUGUCUGGAAGGGGGGGCGGUCAGGAACAGACAGUAUUCCCUGCUCUGCUGCAGAAUUGCAUAUAUUAUCAUUACUGGAGUAUUUGAAGCACCAACAAGACCAGUUAAUUUCUAAAGUAAAUUAUCUCUUGAGUAAAUGUGAUCCAGUUGAGCAAGUUGAAAUACUGCCAAAUACAAUGGAAUUUCCACUGGAUUCAAUGGAAGAAGUUGAUGACUUUGAAAAUUGGCUUAAAGACCCUGCCAAUUCUCGACAGAGACAGAAUAUGAUAUCCUCUCUAGCAUCUAUCGGGGGGCACGACACAAAACACAUAACAUGGAACAUCCUUUCACAUAUUUUUUCUGACAAUGUUGGCAAGAGGAUAAGUUGGAAAGGUGCAAAUGGGGAAAAAAACAUUCAGUCAGAUGGCAACAAAAACCUUGCUACUGUGGUUUAAUAUGAUGUCGGCCCACCCUUUCAG